UUACAUGUUUUUUUAUCGUUUAGGAAUGCCGGUUUGCAAUUGAUUGAUGCCCAGUUCGAUCGAAUCAUGGAGGCUCAGUACGAAGACACUGAGAUUGGUGCUCUGGAUGGAGAUGAAAUCGACGGCCGCAUGGAUCCAAAUUCUGAUUUUUUUCUGAAGUUGGCCGAGGAAUUCAAGGAAGCACAGGCCAGACGGGGCUUGUCUCCAACAGAAGAAAGGCAAGAAAUCUGCGAUGACGAUGAAAAAGAUGAACUGGUGGAAGUCGAGGAGAGCAAUUUGAUCGGAUUUGACUGUCAGUCCAUCCUCUCUUUGAGAACGAACGAUUCGAAAUACCAGCCAAGAGUGAUACGAGAAAAGAGAAUGAUCAAGAUCAACCGCAAGACUGGUAUCCCGGAAGGCGUUCUAGGUUCCAAUCUCACCGCGGAAAACCUGCAGCGUCUUGGGGAUGGAACUGGGGUGGCGAGAAUUUCCGAAAGAGCAGCGGAUGCCAUGUCACUCGUGAGUCGAAUUUCGGCCUUAUCCGUUCGCUCAAAAGCAGAGACGACGGAAGAACGUCGAAUGCGCAAGGGAAUGAUUAAGCAGUUGCGUCGAGAGCGCCGCGUGGAGAGGAAAGCAAACACGGAAGCCUUCAAGCUGGAGAAAAUGGCCCAAUUGCGAUCCAGCAUGAACAUUCGCGUGAAUUGUGUUGGAAAGCCGCUGGUGUGAAACGCGAAAGGGAUAUUGCCUAUUUGGAAGUCGCAAAAGUUUUUAUUGGUACCUAUCGGAGAA